AUGGCUACCAAAACGAUUGAAACAAUGAUGCUUACUACUGAUUCUUUCAGAGCUUACGGUCAGGUUAUUGAAGCUAUUGAUAAUACUGGUUUAACUGAAACAGCCAAUCAGAAUACUGCUCAACGCUUCAAUUAUGUUGCUCAACUUUCAAAUUAUCGAUGUCAAGAUCAGCAAGCUUAUAAUUAUCAUCAUCAGUUGAGUAACACUGCAUUAGUCGAACCACCAGCCAAGUCAAAUUUAUGUUUAUUCCGUGUUCAACCAACACCGAUUCUUCCCUUUGAAAUUAAACUCUUGGAACGACAUAAAUACAGUUCACAAAUGUUUGUGCCAAUGAAAUCAAAGAGCAAUGGUUAUCUAGUUAUUGUUUGUUUGAACGAUGAACAAAAUGAUCGACCAAAUUUAAAUACAUUAAAGGCAUUCAUAGCCACCAGUAAUCAAGGUAUUAAUUACAAUGCAAAUGUUUGGCAUCAUCCAAUGGUGGGAUUAGAAUAUCCGACAGAUUUUGUCUGUUUAGUAUGGGAAAGACGCGAGUUAUCAACAGAAAAUGAUGAAGACUGUCAAGUUGUUCAAUUAGAAAAUAUUAUUAGUGUCAAUGUAUCAUCAGAAUAUUGUUCAAAAAUAUAA